AGCGAGGCGUUGCAAAAUUCACCUCGAGGGGGCGGGGCGUCUUGUGUGACGUCACAGACAAGCGUCUCUGUGCUUCCGGUGGGCGGCGGAAGUGAGCUGGAGUUCAUGCAAGAGUAUGUGAUCUAGGCCGAUUCCCUGGUCAUCCUGUGUCACAGACCUCAGGAGCAAAUUUGUCGUGGUGGUACAGAGGGAAAGGGAGGACAUCUGUGAACUUGUUCUGCUCAUGGUUUGUUCGCUCCAAAUCCUUCUGCUAUGAAAUUGUCUGUCUUUUGAAGACAUCCCUCCUGGGAAUACCUAGUUGCAGUUCUUUUGACCUGAAAUGAAGCCUGAACAGGUAGAUCUCAGAAUAUUGUCUCUGGCUGCUCAGGUUACCGAAAGCCCCGAUCUGGAUGUGCCUGUGUUGCUGCUGAAGAUAAAAGAAAUUUUAACUAGUGCACCUCCUGGAAGUAAAGAAUCACAGAAAAUUAAAGAAGACUUAUAUUAUUAUGACCUGAUUCAAUACUGCGUAUUGGUCCUUAAGCAAGACUACACUAGAGUGCUUGGAGGCUGGGUUACUGCUGCCCAAAUAGCAGAGAUACUAAGCCUGUGUUGCGUGGACCUUGAGGUGAAAGAGGAACCUGAAGAGUUUUGCAAUAAGCUACUUCCUUCUGCUGUGGAUAACCUCCUCUUCUUGGAGAGGCGACUGCAAGUACGCUGUAGUCGAGCAGUCAAGGAUGAAGACAGAAGGGAAUUUUUACACUGCUUCAGAAUGGUAACUGAUGCCAUCUGUUGGCUGUGCGGGGGAUAUGUUCAGCUAAUGGACAAUGUGCUUCAGAAUGGACACUUUCUGCAGCUGCUAAUGACAGAUGAUGUUGAGAUUUCAACAAGAACGAUGUCUGUGUUGCAGAAUAUUUUAAGGAUCAACAGCGACGUGUUACUUCAUGUGGCUGCGAAGACCCUACACUGCAUCUUAGAUGAGCUGGUUUACAAGCUUUCGUCUACCGUCAAUCCUGUCAUAGGAGGCACAGCAAUAAAACUGUUGCUGUCGGUUGCAGAAUCUGAUCCCCAACAUGUGACUACAUUGACUACUCGCUACAAAGGGCUAGAAACUCUUCUCAGCAAGCAGUGGGCUGGCAAAGGAUUUGACAGGGACCUUGAUCAACUUUUGGAUCUGCUGUGCUCAGAAAACUACAGGGCUGACGAAACACAGAGAUUACAUCGAGCAGUUUGCAUAAUCCAGGCUGCAUGGAGAGGAUUUCAAACCCGAAAAAGAUUAAAGCAGCUUCCAAAAGCUGUAACUACCUUGCAAAAGAAUUUCAGAGCAAAAAGAAGACAGGAGUUGGAGCAUUUAAGGAAGCAGAAAGAAGAGGAGAGCCUCCUCCAGCAGUUGCAGCUUCAGAGACAGAGAGCUAUGCGGCUGUUCCAUGAACGUCAGCUUACGCUACUGGAAAUUGUCCAUGCAGGUCAAGUUGAUAAGCAUAUGCGUGAAAUAGAAGACAAAUCAGCUGUAACUAUUCAAAGACACUGGAGAGCAUUCAGGGCCCGGAGAAUUUUUCUCCAGCAAAAACAGUCUCUUAGGCAGCACAAGAUGGCGGUCGUUAUUCAGAAAGCAGUGCUUAAAUUCUUGGAAAAGCGAAGGAAGAGAAAGGCCUAUUCUCUUUGGAAACCACCUAAGGCCCUCUCAGACGAGCAAAGGCUAUCAUUGCAGGAAAAAGCAAAAGACUACCUCAAACUGCAUCCGGCUUCAGAGAUGUCGGAAGAAACGAGCAAGGAGCUUCAUCAGCAAGCCCAGGCAAAGCUGGCCCAGUACUUAAUGAAAAGAAGCGUGGAUCGCAAGGCUCAGCAGCACAGGGAGGCUUUGCUAGCCCAGGUCCGCACUUACGUCGAUCAGCUGAUGAGUGCUCCAAGUCUAGCAGAAUCUACAAUGGAAGAUGUGAAUAUCUAUACGAGUAGAUCAGUUCCUGUGGUAGCCAGAGCAAAACAGUGCCACUACACUAUGUUGAAAUACACACAGUGGCCCUGGUGGAAAAAGCUUGGAGAAGAAUUCUUAUACGACGGAGGAGUCUCUGAAGAUCUUCUGUGUGCUGAAGUAGGAACUCUGUUCAUUGGCGGAACUAAAUAAUAAGAUAAUUAGGAGAAGGCAAGCUAGCCGAGUGCUGGGUCAUCAGGCACAAAGAUGGGGGUGAACCAGAUUUGUCCAGCAACCCAAAAAUAUGAUUUCAUUUUCCAUGCAGUUCAGGAAGAACGCUCAGCCAUCUGAAUUGUGAAUUCCCUGUACAUGAACUAAAUUCUGAAACAAGGCAAGUCUGAAUUCUGCACUCCGAAAUGAGUUAGGGGAACAAGCAUAUUCAAAAUUUGUUCAGUAUAGUUGCAACAGAAGGGUUUACAGAAUGUGUUACUUUAUCAGCAGGGCUUGAAUGGUGAAUAUGAAGAAGGGAGAGGGAGGGUAGUUCUAUGUGUUUGUACUGGUAGUUGUAUGUUUGCACUGGGGGCACACUCUUAAGGGAUGUGAGACAAAGCAGAAUAGUGGGAUAAAAAGAUUCAGUCCCCCAAUUAAAAAUAUCCCAGAUCCAUUCUGGAUUUGAUUUUAAGCAUUUAAGGUGUAUUUAUAUUGUUGACAAUUUUUAUGUAAUGUUGUUGUCUUUUUGUGAACAAAAAGUGCCUAUUUGGGUACAAAAGGCAGUAAUAGAAAUAAAGACAUUUAUUUAGAAAA